GGAGCCCGGCUGGCGGGUGACCCAGCGCCGCGGCUCCGAGAGAAGCGAGGUCACCCGGCGCUUCCCGAGACCUUGGCCCUAGGCCCAGCUGCCUCUGGGACGCGAGGCAGCCGGGCUGCCGGCCAAUCAGCGCUUUGCAGGACUAGCGCGCAGGGGCCGCACCCCUGAGGGUGACCGGAACCCUUCCCGCGGGAACGGCAGGGAGCGGCGCCUGGCCGCAGAGAAGGGGGCGCCGGCUCUUCAGAACCCCAGGGAGAAAGCGGUGGAGGGCUAGAGUUGAGAAGAUUAAGGACAUUUGAGGAGGACAGGCAUUCCCAAGUUAAAACCUCCUGAAAGACAACUCCAUAGGGCGACCCGUCUGCGCCGCACAGCCUGACGGGAGCGUCAUCGUUCCUGCGCAGGCUGCAAUCGAGAGACGGCCUCGGCCCCGCCCCCAGCCGCGGGGCACGCCGGGAGAGCCGAGCGUUCCUCCCUCCCUCUGCUAACCCGGACAGAAAAGGAGCAUUUCCUGCGUAAGACUGUCCCUGCGGAAGGGGUGGGGCUAGUUUGGUCCCGCCUUUCAUGCCCAGAGGGGGCGGGGUGAACCGUGACAGCGCUUCUGCCAUCACUAAGGCCGGCUCCUGUGCCGGAAGGAGGAAGGCGUGGGGCGUUCGCCUCUCGGAGCUAGGGAGUGUGUGCGACAUAGCUGCGAGGUCACGUGAGCCACUGCUGGCAGAGAGGGAAAGGGGCGGGGCCCAGAACGAAGGGGGGAGGCGCCCCUCGUUUCCCUGAGGUCACGCGCAGCCGGAAGUGGCGGCUGCUGCGGAGAGUUGGAGAUGGGGACGGCCCUGGACAUCAAGAUUAAAAGAGCGAAUAAAGUUUAUCACGCCGGGGAAGUGCUCUCUGGCGUGGUGGUCAUAUCGAGUAAGGAUUCAGUCCAACACCAGGGAGUGUCUUUGACCAUGGAAGGAACUGUAAACCUCCAGCUCAGUGCCAAAAGUGUGGGUGUGUUUGAAGCUUUUUAUAAUUCUGUUAAGCCUAUCCAGAUUAUCAACAGCACCAUAGAAAUGGUGAAGCCCGGGAAAUUUCCCAGCGGCAAAACAGAAAUCCCUUUUGAAUUUCCUCUGCACGUGAAGGGUAACAAAGUUCUGUAUGAGACAUAUCAUGGCGUGUUUGUCAACAUUCAGCCUCAGAAGGGGAAGUUUACUCCGAGUCCCGUGGACUUCACGAUUACACCUGAAACCUUACAGAACGUCAAAGAGAGAGCCUUCCUUCCCAAAUUUCUCCUUCGAGGACGUCUCAACUCAACAAACUGUGUCAUCACACAGCCGCUUACGGGAGAGCUGGUGGUGGAGAGCUCGGAAGCCGCUAUCAGAAGCGUGGAGCUGCAGCUGGUGCGCGUGGAGACAUGCGGGUGUGCAGAAGGCUAUGCCCGCGACGCCACGGAGAUUCAGAACAUUCAGAUCGCCGACGGGGAUGUGUGCAGGGGCCUGUCUGUCCCCAUCUACAUGGUCUUCCCUAGGCUGUUCACCUGCCCUACACUGGAGACCACCAACUUCAAAGUGGAAUUUGAGGUUAACAUCGUGGUGCUUCUUCACCCUGACCACCUCAUCACGGAGAAUUUCCCGCUGAAGCUCUGCAGGAUAUAGCCCGGAGGAGGGAAGCACAGAAAACGGGAGUGGCCAUCUGGAAAUCCAGCUGGUUAUCCAAAUCCUAAGGGGAGCUACAGCCAGUGGCAUAUACUUGUUUUUGUGAUUAUUCUGUAUCAGAAAUGAAACAGACCCUCAAAUUAACAUUCCUUCCUCAUUUCUUGAGGCUUCUGCUUCCAACAGGCACCUCUAAUCAGACCUUUUCUUUGAAAUUCAACAAGAUUUCUUAAUGCUAUUUGCCAAGACCGUUUCACAGAAAACAUUGACUGUGGCUCCUGCCUUACCUGUUCCUUUUUAGGUACAGUAAAACAACUGUGACAGCAGUUUGAGCUUACUGGAGAGUGGGAUCAUGGGGACAAAAGGAAACCUCUCUGACUCCCCAUAGCAAAGGGUCUGUGGCCAGUUGACAUCCAUGAUGGCUGCAAGCACACUUGAUGGUCAGCAAGUUUGCAGAUACUCGCCAAGGCAGAGCGCAAAGUGCUAGCCACUGGAAAUGCAUGACUUCCCUCCACCCCUACUCUAUUCUGUAGUUUUUUGGUUUUGUUUUUGAGACGGAGUCUCACUCUGUCGUCCAGGCUGGAGUGCAGUGGCGUGAUCCCAGCUCACUGCAACCUCCACCUCCCAAGUUCAAGCGACUCUCCUGCCUCAGCCUCCUGAGUAGUUGGGAUUACAGGUGACUGCCACCGUGCCCAGCUAAUUUUUGUAUUUUUAGUAGAGAUGGGGUUUCACCGUUUUGGCCAGGCUGGUCUUGAACUCCUGACCUCAUGAUCCCCCCGCCUUGGCCUCCCAAAGUGCUGGGAUUACAGGUGUGAGCCACCACACCCAGCCUCUGUAGUUCUUUUUACAUUUUUCAUUAUAACUUUAAAAUUUUUAAGCAACUGGAAAAGUGUUCCUUGAUCUCAUGGGAUUUGGCUGCUGCUGAAGUGUUUCUGAAGUCUCAAGAACUGCCAUAAAAUCUCACACUGCCAUUUCCCUGAACAUAUACAUACAUAGAGAGAGAGACAGAGUUUUCCAAACUCUGUCGCCCAGGCUGAGCGCACUGGCAGGAUCACAGCUCAUGGCAGCCUCAACCUCCCUGGCUCAAGCGAUCCCUCCCCUCAGCCUCCUGAGUAGCUGAGACUACAGGUGAGUGCCACCACACUCAGCUAAUUUUUAAAUUCUUUGUAGACAGGGUCUCCCUAUGUUGCCCAGGCUGGUCUUGAACUCCUAGACUCAAGUGAUCCUCCUGUCUUGGCCUCCCAAAGUGCUGAGAUUACAGGUGUGAGCCACUGUGCCCAGCAGUUUCCCAGAAUAUAUUUAAAUGCAAAGUUACAUGAGGGGAAAACAUGUAUGUUUGCUUCUGUUGUUACUGGGUAGGUUCUGAACGGCAGAGACUCACGUGCAGGGCGGGCUGGUGAAGGCCUCUCUCUGCAAAGUGGUAGCAGGAAAAGGUCCUUGACUUGAUGAACUUGGUCUGCCUCUGAGCCACUGGAGGAAGCUGUUUUGAGCCAGGGUUUUUUGGCCUGAAGCCAGCAUUUCCUCAGUCUCCCUUUGUGGUUCGAAGGAUAUGGACUAUUGCAAUACAUUUCUUCCUUCAAAUCCUGCCACUGUUUUGUUGGCCCACAAAUAGGACCUCAAAGUAAGCCAUGCUGCUUUGCACACACACUAGCCACCUUUUGUACUUUUCAUUCUGGAUGGGCUUGGCCAAAACAGGCUGAGGCCAAAGGCCUCCCAAGCUGUAUGUACUUCCAUUAUCCUGAAACAGUGUUUGGUGACAUAAUGCCAAGGGUAAACAAGCCUAAUUUAGGCACUGCUUGAUCCAGGGGCUUCACCCGUGAAAUUAAUAAAACUUAUCUGAGUCACUUGAAACUUGGUUCCCAGAAAAUACAUUUCUGGUUUAUAAUCUCCUUUUAUGCUCACCUGACAUUAUUAAUUAUACCUGAUGAUGUGUUUAAACUGAGUAGCAGAAAACAGAGGCCACACUUUCUGGGAAAUUUUAAAGGAAGAAACCAUUUUUAAUGAGAUAAAAAUAUUUAAUGAAUUUAAAAAGCUAAUGACAAUUUUGAGAAAAGGUUUGGGAUGUAUAUUGCUAUGUAAUUUAAUAAACUGAUUUUAUGGAUAUAAAUA